UUGAACGCCCAACCUUGCCUGGCGGAAGGCAAGCCCGGGGGAUGGAGCACCCACGAAAGGAGUCACUUCAGUCAUAACUUUUCCCUUCCAUCUAAGCGCCCAGCACUGCAAUUGCCUUGCAGUGAUCGGGGGCCCUGCAUUCCGCUCCGAACGGCAGACACCAAACGCGGACCUAGGCUGGGACCCGGGAGCGGGAAGUGUUCGCAUACCGCCCCCCGCCCAUGCCAAUGUGGCGCUUUCUCGCGUAGCGCAGCACACCUGGACAGCCGGUUAGAACGUUUCGCUCGCUCGGCAGAAGCGGAGCCCCUUCCCGGGUCGGCAUGGCGUCAGAGAUCCACGGAGGACCACGAUCCCGCCAGUUGCAGCCUGCACGUUCCCUCCCAGGGCCUCCUCACUGCCUGAAGCAUUUUCCCGUUGACCUGCGCACCUCCAUGGAUGGCAAGUACAAGGAGAUUGCUGAGGAACUGUUCUGCCGUUCAUUGGCUGACAGUGAGAUGCGCAGUGCCCCCUAUGAGUUCCCUGAAGACAGCCCCAUUGAGCAGUUGGAGGAGAGACGUCAGCGGCUGGAGCGGCAAAUCAGUCAGGAUGUGAAACUAGAACCCGACAUUUUACUCAGAGCCAAACAGGACUUCCUGAAAAUUGACAGUGCUGCUGACUUACAAUUGUUUAAGGAACAGGGCGAGGACCUGGUGGACCAUCUCCCUAAAGAUCGAGAUGGGCUUCUAGAGAGGGAGUUUCAGAGGGUUACCAUCUCUGGAGAGGAAACAUGUGGGGUGCCUUUCACAGAUUUGCUGGAUGCAGCCAAAAGUGUAGUGAAGGCGUUGUUCAUUCGAGAGAAGUACAUGGGGCUUUCUUUGCAAAGCUUCUGCAAGACCACUGCCCGCUUUCUACAGGACCUUUCAGAAAAGCCUGUGGCCCCAAGGAUGUAUGAGGAGAUCCCUGAGACUCCAGUGGCAGCAGAUGCUCCAGUGCACCCACCAUUCGCCCAUCAGCAUCCCUAUGAGAAGUGUGAUCCUGAAUCAAUGCCUGGAGACCUAGGCUUCGGCCUAAAGAUGGUUAAUGGAGUCGUUCAUGUGUACACCAAGCAGGACAUCACUGACAAAACCACAGAACUGGACUUACCUUAUCCUGACCUGCAAGAGUUUGUUGCUGAUAUGAAUGUCCUAAUGGCCCUGAUCAUCAAUGGUCCUAUAAAAUCCUUCUGCUACCGACGGCUGCAGUACCUAAGUUCAAAAUUCCAGAUGCAUGUCCUGCUCAAUGAGAUGAAAGAACUGGCAGCCCAGAAGAAGGUGCCACACCGUGACUUCUACAAUAUUCGAAAGGUGGACACACACAUCCAUGCAUCAUCCUGCAUGAACCAGAAGCAUCUGUUGCGCUUCAUCAAGCGAGCUAUGAAGAAACACUUGGGAGAAAUCGUCCAUGUGGAGAAGGGCAAAGAGCAAACUCUCAAGGAGGUCUUUGAAACCAUGAAUCUCACUGCCUACGACCUCAGUGUGGACACUCUUGAUGUUCAUGCGGACCGCAACACUUUCCAUCGCUUUGACAAGUUCAAUGCCAAAUAUAACCCCAUUGGAGAGUCUGUUCUCCGUGAGAUAUUCAUCAAGACAGACAAUCGAGUCUCUGGAAAAUACUUUGCCCAUAUCAUCAAGGAAGUGAUGUCCGACCUGGAGGAGAGCAAGUAUCAGAAUGCAGAACUGCGCCUCUCCAUUUAUGGCCGUGCACGAGAUGAGUGGGACAAAUUGGCCAAGUGGGCUGUGCAACACAAAGUGCAUUCCAACAAUGUACGCUGGCUGGUGCAGGUGCCUCGCCUGUUUGAUGUGUACAAGACCAAGAAGCAGUUGGCAAACUUCCAGGAGAUGUUGGAAAACAUUUUCUUACCCCUCUUUGAAGUUACUAUCCGUCCUGCCAGCCACCCAGAGUUGCAUCUUUUCUUGGAGCAUGUGGAUGGCUUUGACAGUGUGGAUGAUGAAUCAAAACCAGAGCACCACAUCUUUAAUCUAGACAGCCCCUUGCCUGGGAAUUGGACAGAAGAGGACAAUCCACCCUAUUCCUACUACCUUUACUAUACAUAUGCAAAUAUGGUGGUACUGAACCAUUUGCGCAGGAAGAGAGGCUUCCAUACUUUUGUGCUGCGGCCCCACUGUGGGGAGGCAGGGCCCAUCCAUCACCUGGUAUCCGGCUUCAUGCUGUCAGAGAACAUAUCACAUGGCCUUCUGCUCCGCAAGGCACCUGUGCUACAAUACCUCUACUACCUGGCCCAGAUUGGCAUCGCCAUGUCUCCUCUUAGUAAUAACAGCCUGUUCUUGAGUUACCAUCGUAAUCCGUUGCCAGAGUACCUCUCACGGGGCCUUAUGGUCUCCCUGUCCACAGAUGACCCCCUGCAGUUCCAUUUCACCAAGGAGCCCCUGAUGGAAGAAUACAGCAUAGCCACCCAGGUGUGGAAGCUCAGCUCCUGUGACAUGUGUGAACUUGCGCGAAACAGUGUGCUCAUGAGUGGCUUCUCCCACAAGGUAAAGAGCUACUGGCUGGGACCCAAUUACUGGAAAGAGGGGUCUGAAGGCAACGAUAUCCGCCGCACCAAUGUGCCAGACAUCCGGGUGGCCUACCGCUCUGAGACUCUUUGCCAGGAGUUGACCCUCAUUACACAGGCUGUGCAGACAGAGGAACUGGAGACUAUUCAGGAGGAAGAUCCUCUGACAAUGAGCUCCAGCCCAAGCGCUCGCUAAGGGAGGCUGGUUUACAAUCUCCCAUCCAGCCCCUCUGUGGCCUACUAAGAUGGGGCUGUCCCAGAGCAUGAGGAGACCCUGGCUACCUCCCUUCCCCACAGAGCUUUUUAAUUUUCUGAUCUUUUUUUUUUAAUUCCAAGCAUAGUGUUACCUUCUGUAUUUCUGGAAAGGGAUUUCUGUUUUGUUUGCACUUUGUAAUCCACUGGGGUAUUUUGCAUCAUGUCUCGAAUGAAGGAUGCAUGCAGGAUGAGAGCAUCCUGCAUGUUGGUUUGGAGAUCUAGCAGUACUGUUUAUAAACUGAGGCUGGCAGCAGAGGCUGGAGAGCUAGGAAUGAGUGCAUACCAAAGGGCUGUUACGGUGGUUGCACGGAGGCAAAAUGAUGCACUGGCAUGUGUUGUAUUUGGAAUGGGCUGCUGUCAUUUGUUCUUGGUCUUUGUGGCCAGUCCAGGGCAAGAUGUAGCACUGCACUGAUGGGCAGGGCAUGUGCAAAGGACAGGUUUGGUGUCCCCUGCUACCUCAAACUGAUUUCCAUGAUAUGUCAUUUCCUUGCCUGUUGCUAGCUGUGACUUCAUAGUGGCUGGUGAAGCAUUGUUUUAGGCUGAAACAGUCCUACCAGCAGUGCAGCAUACUACCACAGUUCCUGGUAAGGAAUAGCCUCCAUAUUUCAGCAUUAAGUGUCCAGCUUGAAGUAUAGCUGAAAAACAGAAAUUUUUGAUACCAGAAUGUUUUGAUACCAGUCUCUUCUUGGCUCAAAGAGAGUAGAAAGGCCCUGAACCUCUACCUUAGGAAGCAGACUGAUGUGUAUGGGAUAUGACCCCCAGUUCAAGAUAGUAGAGAGGACCUAGUGUGCCAGACACUGGCACUUUUAACUUUCUCUCUUUUGUGAAUUUCUGUUCCUUUCUAUAAUCAUGUAUCAGGAGAAGGAAUUGCAUGUUGUUAAAAUGUAACAAGGGGUGACUUAGGCUUUGGCACUGGACAAGUAUGGCUGUUUUGCAUGGGAAAGCCUUAGAGCUGUGAACCUUGCCCAACAUGAGAAAUUAAGAGGAAAUGGCCUUUGCCUUAUUCCUAGUGAAAGUUGGUUGCUUCUCAGCUGCCUUAGACUGGGACAAGGGAGAAUGUUUAGCUUUCAGUACACCGAAAGGAGGGGACAUCCUUGCCAAAUGCUUUGAUAUACCGUAUGAAUGACAUCCUUCUCCCUUGUAUUGAUUAGGGAGAAUCUCUCUCUUUCCAGGUCUGUCCCUGCCUAGUAUGCGCAGGAAUUUUCUUUCUAUAUCUGGCAAGAAGAAAAGCCAUAGAAUGCUUCAGUUUUCUUACCAGCAAUGUUGCUGCUCUGGGAACCAGCACAAAACCUACUUUGAGGGGGGCAGUGUCAAGGCAGGUAAUGAAUCUGUGGGCAUCGUGUAGUAACUUCUGCCUUCCUCUGAAGCCAUGUGGCUCUAACUGGAAAUGCAUAAGAAGGCAGAGAAGAAUGUGGAUCCAUGGCUUGGUCAGCUCUAUAUUUCGAGUUCUGAAAGGUCCACAAUAAUGAGAAGGAUAUCUUAGCAGAGAGCUCCCAUCACAUGUUUCUGGCCAGGUGCCUCACUGGCAGAUGGCUUUUGAUCCUCAUUGGAGGACAGCUCAGUACACUUAGGAUAUUGGGCCUCUUUAGUAGCUUUAGUGCAGCCACUCACAGCAGAGAAUUCAUUGUGAACAUAUCCUCCUACAGUAGGAGACAAGCCUCUUGACAGUAUUUGUGCCCUUUAGGCUCCUAGAUGAAUUUUAUAUGCUCCCCCAAAUCAGUGACAGUCCUAGUGUAGCUUCCUUCCCAUGUUCUGCCAGUUACUUCUAACAUGGCAGUUGAAAUUCAGUGGAAAGAGAUUGCUGAAUGUUACAGAAUCUACAUCAGUAGAUAAGCAGGAAUGCUUUGGGGGAGGGAGGAGGGAGCUGGACGCUUACAGUGCCCAAUCUCUAGGCUGCUCCAGAUGAAGGUGGUGGGAUCCAUGUUGUAGCCAGUGCCUUUCUAGCAUAGUGCGUGGCUUGUGCCAAGAUGCGGUAGAUCCUUCGGAUGAUUCUACCCCUGAAACAGGCACUUGGUAUACUUUGAGUCACUGUGUGAGAGCGUGUGUGAGAGGCCAUGUGUUCCUUUGUAUGUCUGCCCCCCCCCCGCCCAUGGCCCAGAAAGUUAAUUUUUUUCCCUCUGCAUCCAUGCCUUUAUUUGGACUUUGUGGAAUACCAAGAGCAUCUGCAGUGGAGAUGUCUUGCCUUGAUUUUGAACAGAACAGUUAUCUUGUCACUUUGAACAAUAUUUUUCCAAAUCAUGGAAUUCUGUGAAAAUAGGGGGCAUCAGCGUGGAGCCAGAGAGUGGAAGGUCUGUGUGUGCGGGGUGGGUGGGGGGCAUUUGCUUGUCCUCCCUUCCUUGCCAUGACCUGCUUGGCUCCCCUAUUAGUUUUGCUUUGUUGUCAGUUGGAGAAGAUAUUUCCUCUGGAGCAUUCCCCUGGCAGUCCCAGCAUCCUCCCAUCGUUCAAAUAUUUGUAUAGUUUGGAUGGCCUUGAUGCUUGUCUGUGCUGAAAUGUGAUGUUAGAAAUCGUACUGAGCGCAAGCAUGAUCAUUAAAGAUUAUUUA